AUGGAAGGACACCAGUGUGGUGCCUGCCAAGGGACUCCAGUGUGUAAGAAUACCAAGGCUUAUAUAGAAGCUGAAACCUACAAAUUGGUAGCGGUUACAGAUGACAGAUUUGGUGGCAACCCCUGCGAAUCUGUGGGCUCAGCUAAGUUGGGAAUCAUGGCUGAGAAGUACACCUCCAUUGUGGGGGUUGUGCUCAACUGA